GUCUUCUCUGGCGAGGGUAAUGCGCAUUUUGUCUACUGCUCCUGCUGCCUCUGCUACUGCUCAUAGGUGACUUUGUUUACUUUUAUUUCUUCUUUUCUUCUGGCUGCACUGCUCUUGUGCAUGUGGACUGCCGCUGUCUCCUCGGCGCUGUGGGCUCACACCUCCUCAUUCCUCCGCCGCCUCGUCUCUCCCUCCUCUCCCUCGCAGCUACGCGCACAUAGCGUAUGUGCCACAAAGGACCCAGAAUGCCCUUCCCCUGCCCGCGUUUAUCCCUUUAUUUUCCAAUUUUCCCGCAUCAUGCACAACAAAGCCAUCGAGUGCUCCUUUGACUUUGCGGGCCGCCGUAACCUGGAAACCUGCGAAAGCUACGAGCAGGGACCGUGCUGCGACAGCUUUUCUGGCCACACGCGGUUGAACAUGCUUUCCAGCCCCGAGCCCCCAAAACCCAACUCCACCUUUCUCCUCACACAAGCGCCGAGAUCAUCUCCGUCGCCACUCCCUCUCCACCUCCUUAUUACACACCUGCGCCGCCUGUAGAAUUACUUCCAAGACACACCUGUGCAAGCAUAAAUCUACUGCUAUACAAACCUUUGGAAGUGAAGGUAUAGUAUACGAUACAGCUAGGGGAAACAGGUGGUGGAUAGUCCCUGUUGCAGACCACUGUCAGUGUCCUACGACGUGAUGCCGGU